AUGUACUUCUCCACCACCUUCCUUGCGGCCAUUAGCACCGGCCUUGGUGUUGACGCCGGCUCCAUUGCCUUGAGUCUGUUAAAGCCACUGCAAAUACCGGAAAAUAAGCAGUCUCUGCAUGCAAAUGGACCAGGAGUGGAGGAAGACGGUCCUGAGGAGCUUGAAUUUGAGUUCUGUGGUGACUUGCCCGAGUUUUUCUACCUGAUUCUCUCAACUGUGACUUGGUCGGUGAACAUGGACCGAUUGAUGAUUGAUUACUGGGUUCUGACCACGCGACACAGCCAGCACCCUGGCAUCACACUGGAACUACCUACACCCGUCCCCGCCGCCGCCGCCGCCGCCGCCACCAUGGCUUUGUCGCCCGUCGUGACGGCGACGCAGUCUACCGACGGGACCUCGAUACGCGCCAUCGGAUCGCCCUAUAAGAACCUGGCGUCCGGCACAAACUCGUCCUCCAAUGGCACGCCCAAGCCCGCGCCGCCCACCUCGGUCCCCCAGCUGCCGCCCACGCUGGACGUGGCCGAGCAGAUGAACGAGGAAGAGAAGCGCAAAUACGUCAAAGGCAAGAAACUCGGCGAGGGUACCUACGCCAUCGUCUUUCUCGGCCACCUGAAAUCGAACCCCGCCAAGCAGGUCGCCAUCAAAAAGAUCAAGGUUCAGAAGGAAUACACCGAGGGCAUGGCGCCCGACGCCGUGCGCGAGCUCAAGCACCUGCAGGAGCUCUCCCACCCCAACAUCAUCUCCCUCCUCGCCGUCUUCUCCUCCAAGGACCAGAACUUGAACCUGGUGCUCGAGUUCCUGCCCCUCGGCGACCUCGAGAUGCUCAUCCGCGACACCGAGCACGUCCGCUACGGCGCCGCCGACAUCAAGGCCUGGAUGGGCAUGCUCACCCGCGCCGUCUGGUUCUGCCACGCCUCCUUCGUCCUCCACCGCGACAUCAAGCCCAACAACCUGCUCAUCGCCGCCGACGGCGCCGUCAAGCUCGCCGAUUUCGGCCUCGCCCGCUCCUUUGCCGACCCCCACCACAACAUGACGUCCAACGUCAUCACCCGCUGGUACCGCCCGCCCGAGCUCCUCUUUGGCGCCAAGCACUACUCGGGCGCCGUCGACGUCUGGUCCGUCGGCGCCGUCUUCGCCGAGCUCAUCCUGCGCGCGCCUUACAUGCCCGGCAACAACGAGCUCGACCAGGUCCGCCUCAUCUGCGAGCAGAUUGGCACCCCGACCGAGGACAACUGGCCCGGCGUCACCCGCCUCCCCGAGUACACCGUUCCUGCGCAGCAUCCCGUCCACGCCAAGGACUGGUACCUCGCCCGCUUCGGCACCGUUGGCGCCGACGGCGUCGACCUCCUGGUCAAGACCCUCCUACUCGACCCCAAGAAGCGCAUCACCGCCCGCGAGAUGCUCGACCACCCCUGGUGGCACUCCGACCCCAAGCCCACCCGCACCGUGGACCUGCCCCGCAAGGGCGGCGACGGCGCCGAGGCGCAGGUCGGCGCUGAUCUCAAGCGCCGGCCCGGCGUCGUCGACGAGGAUCGCGGCGGCAAGGUGGCGCGGAAGCUGGAUUUCGGACAGAAGAAGUAG